CAGCUAACUUUUUCAUCACCAAGUUUUUCAACCCUUUCUCUCUCAUCUUAAUUAUCACCACCCACCUCACUUCACCUGCAUGCCAAAACUCUCAAAAACCACCGCUCAUUAAUCAAAACCAUGUCUAAUUCCUCCAUUCUUUCUCCACUUCUCACCUCAUCGCCGCCGUCUCUCCGCCCUGCCCUCCUCUCCUCCUCCUCCACUGUCCAGUCAACAUAUCCAAAACCUCAUAUUCUCACCCAUUUCUUGAACCCACUGUAAAAGUAAAACCGCCGUCACAAAGCUCAAAGCUCUUGUUUUUUUCAAGACCCAGCUUUUUUUUCACUUGGGUUUUUGUUUUUGUCGAUGCCCAUUUAAUGAUUCUCUUAGUUGAUUCAGUCAAAGCCGUUUCUUGGUGUUUCUUGGUUUUUUCUAACUCCAAUUUUAGUUUUCUUGACUUGGUUACUGAUCUACUUUCCGAUUUGCAAACCGUCGAUUUUUCUUUGUUCUGGUCGGUUUUCUCUAGCACUUACUUAUUUGGUCGAGUUCUUUGAGUUUUUUCAGCUCAAACUUUGCGGUGGCUUCUAGGGUUUUGAGUUUUAGCUUUAGGGUUUGAUUUCUGAUCUAAUUUUGUUUAAGCUUAUGUUGGAAAAAGAUAACAAUUUUAACUAUUUUAGAUGUCUAAGUAAUCAUAGUUACUAGUGGGAUUUUAGGGUUUUAUUAGCUCUAUUUUGUUCUGUUCCAAGAUGACUGGAAAUGGCCAUUGUUUUGUGGAGUGGAAAGAGCAAUUUGUUUCGCAGGAGCGAGGCAACCGGGUGGUUCACUAUUUCUUGAAAGAUUCUGCUGGAGAAUCUGUUCGUGCAGUUAUCGGAACUGAGAGGAGUGUUCGGCAUAUGUUCUAUGUUGUUGCUGAGGAGUUUGUUGAGGCUUAUGGUGCUGAACAUUCUAUCCAUGCUGGUUUUAAAUGGAGGUCGAGAAGGGAGGUUGUUGACUGGCUUACUUCUAUGCUAUCGAAGCAGCAUUUUCAGGGGGACCGAUCUAAAUCACCUAAAUGCGAUGUAACACAAGUUUUAGAAUCUCCUGAAUAUUCCAUGAAUGGAUUCAGCUCUCAACAGACACAGGGUCGUAUUUCUAGAAACUUGAGUGGCCAUAAUUCAGACAUUGUGUGGUCAGGCACUGCAUGGGCAUGUGGUAAACGGCUCAAACAUUAUCCAGCAUUUUGCAGAAAUGGGAUUACGAUAGCAAUCCAGUCCUUUGUUUUUGUUAUGGCUAAAGGAGAGAAUCAUUACUUAGCUUAUUUGGAAGAUAUGUAUGAAGACAAGAGGGGACAAAAAAAAGUAAAAGUGAGGUGGUUUCAUCAUAACCAGGAAGUCAAGGGUGUAGUUCCUCUAAGAAAUGCUCACCCUAAAGAAGUUUUCAUCACUCCUUAUUCUCAGGUCAUUAGUGCAGAAUGUGUUGAUGGUCCUGCAAUAGUCUUAACUCGUGAACAUUAUGAGGAAUGCAUGGCUGCAUUUCCUAACAUCUUGGUAAAUAAAGUACACUUGUGCUUUAGGCAGUUUAGAGGCAAUAAAACAAAGCCUUUCGAUUUGAGUAAAUUACGUGGGUACUUUGAUCAGCCAAUUCUCUCUUGUUUGAAUUCCAAAUCAUUGCCUAGGGUUGACUCGAUAGGUUACGGGACUGCUGAAGAAGAUGAAGAAUUUGUCCGAGAAGACGAUAUAAGGUUGGGAUCCAAGAGGACAAGAAGAAGCGGUAGAGGGAGUGAAACAUUGAUGACAGAUCAUUCACGAGUUGGCAUUUCUGGUAACCAGAUGAUGAAUUUUGAGGAUACCUUUAUGAAUAUAAGGUUUCGCAAGUCGGCCAAGAGAUUGCUUCCCCUCAAGCAUGUUGCGUCUCAGUUUCGAUACAACCCACAAUAUAAGGUUGAUGAGAAGAUUGAAUUGUUGUGUCAAGACAGUGGUAUACGAGGCUGCUGGUUUAGGUGUACAGUCUUGCAGGUUUCUAAAAAACAGAUAAAAGUCCAAUAUGAUGAUUUGCGAGAUGAAGAUGAAUAUGGCAAUCUUGAGGAAUGGAUCCCAGCUUUCAAAGUGGCAAUACGUGAUAAACUUGACAUGAGGUUUUUAGGCCGUCCAACUAUUCGACCAGUACCUCCUCUAAAUGAACAAAAAGACAUUGCUCUGGAAGUCGGCUCUGCAGUUGAUGCAUGGUGGAGUGAUGGUUGGUGGGAGGGGGUGGUAACAGGAGCGGAUAGUGGCAGCGAUGAUGUUCUGCAAGUUUAUUUUCCUGGUGAAAGCUUCUUCUUGAGCAUACACAAAAAGGAUCUUAGAAUUUCGAGAGAUUGGGUGGGAAAUCAAUGGAUCGAUGUUCCAUCGAAAUGUGACAUACUUCCAGCCGUAUCUGCGUCCAUCAGUCCAGGCACCAAAAUGUCACUUUCUGCAGCCAUUUCCAAGGACUUGAAGCCUGAUGGUCAUGCUGUGUCUGGGUCUGAAGUUCCUAUUGGCGCUGAACUUGAUAAUAUUGAAGAGGAAAAGCCUGACGUAGUUCCAUUACCCAAUACUGAUAGCAUUCCAGAAGACAUGGACUGUGAUGAUAAUAGGAAGCCUCCAUCAUCAGAUGACAAAGCUGAUGAAGCUGGUGGUAGCGACAUUAAUGUUGGAUAUGAUAAAGUAGAUGAAGUAGAGGGUACUAAUGGAGACGAGGUUGAUGGUGAUGGUGAUGGUGAUAUUAAGGGCAAUGAUGACAAAUUAGAUAUAGAGGCGUUUGAGACUUCUGAGCAGGACUGUAAAGCUUUGGAAAUCACGGAAGUGGCAGCAUAGGCUGUCUAAAAAAGGCGGUAAUGCAUUAUCUUAAUGUUGUCAUAAUGCUGCAUAUAUGCAUAGGUUUCAUAUGUUAGUCUGAAUGCCAUUGUAUAUAUUAACAUGAGAACUUGGUUGGCAUUCAUAGAUGUACAGAAAUCAUAUUAGAUUUUUGAGGUUUCUGCUGUAACUGGAAUUAAAAAUUUGGAUUGAUGUUUCAAUUCCAUCGCUCGGAAGCCCCUAUUUGAGUCGGAUCUCUCAAAGCGGUUUGCUUCUUGCUUGUAAGUUGUACUCUGACAAAAAUUGAAAGUUAAAUACAUAUUCUGUACCCUCUUUUGUGGUU